AUGGGAACCCCGAAUCCGGAGGUCCUUAGGGCCGUCAUCAGGUUGCUCGCCUUCGCCGGGUUCCCCUUCCCCAUUGCCCUCACCAUGUGGCACAUGGCUUUCUGCUCUGCGGUGGGCUUCUUCUGCAUCAGGGUCCUGGGCGUCACCAAGACGCAUAACCUGAGCGUGGAGGAGUACUGCAGACGCGUCCUGCCAAUCGGUGCGUUGCCGAUGCUGGCCAUGAGAUGCUACCCUAGGGGCCGCGGUCCCGUGCUGAGCUGUCAGUGCCCCAAGGGCGACCCGCCACUCGUUCGGCCGGUGCUCCUCCCAUGCGCCUGUUUCUCACCACAUCACCACACCUAUGAAAACCCCGCCCUCCCCCUCCCGACGCCCCCCCUCACCUCUCUUCCUCCCCCCAACCCCUUCCACCUGCAUCCAGGCAUGCUGUACGCGGCGUCCCUCUGGCUUAGCAACUCCUCCUACCUCUACCUCUCCGUGUCCUUCAUCCAGAUGACCAAGUCGCUGAUGCCCGGCCUGGUCUACGCCUGUGGCGUGGCGCUGGGCACCGAGACCUUUGCCGCCGGCUCUGCGCUCAACAUGCUGCUCAUUGCCGCGGGCGUGGUGGUGUGCGCGGUGGGGGAGGCCAACCUGGUGGUAAAGGGUCUGGUGCAGCAGCUCGCCGCCCUGCUGUUUGAGGUGGGCAGCGGAUAG